UCUGUCUUUCCCAAGGAGAUGGAGAGGUGAAACUCACUGUGUUGUGGUGAAAAUAACUCUUUACCUGUGCUUCUUACAGAUGCGCCAGUUUGAGCACUGUGAUCCAGGUGCCUUACAGUCAUCCAGCUUGAAGGACCUGUGAUGAGUUUGAAAUUUGGACCAUCUUGGGUUAUCUGAAGGACUCCACGUAUGAGAUGUCUGCAGCCUCUUGAGCUUCUCUCUCUCCCACCGUGACACCUUGCACCUCUGGUAAAACCUGUUAUUCAGUGAGUUUCUUCAGAAGAGGAAGAAGGGCUUUCAUUUCUGCGAAGCGUAUGUCAAUUGAUGUGUCACAUCAAGAGCUACUCCAUUAGUUGUCCUCAAGAUCUUUAGCAGAACAUGUCAUCACGCAGCCAUACCCUCCUUGGGACUGCCACAUAAUGCAAAAAAGGAUCUGACUAGUCCCUGCCCUGUUUGGAGACCUCUGUAUGUUUGCUUCCAUUUGCCACUUGAAAGUUGUUUAUUUGCAAGUGUACUAAGAACCAACUGCGAUCUUGAGGUGCUCUGUCAGAGAAGCAGAUAAUUUGUGCCAGCCAUGUCACUAGCCGGAUGGGUUUCACAGCCCUCUGACUCUGUGGCCCUUUGUUAGUAGUCACACCGGACAUUGUUGACCUACAACGUUAAUGUUGAGCGUAUUGUGUUUUAAAGUCUUGAGGAAAAUGCAGAGACGGCAUAGCAGCAACACUGACAACGUUCCUCCUGAAAGAAACCGGAGCCAAACAGUCAGUUCUGAAACCAGCGUGGAUGAAAGUGGGGUUUUUGAAAGUCUGAAGGCUGAAGCUUCCUCCCCACAGCAGCUGUUCUCAGGCCUGGCAGGUAUCCCCUCGGGCACCAUCACAGCCACCCCGUUCCAGUCAGGCUUGGUUCUGGGCUCUUCAGCGGGAGGUGGGGAAGUUUUCAUUCAGAUGCCAGCCCCGAGGGACGAAGGGACCAGUCGUACAGAAGGAGCCCCGUUUCACCACCGGCAGUCAUCCCAUCAUUUCCACCACGGCCACCACCGGGGUUCAUCUCUGCUGCACAUGGCAGGAGGGGACCGCCAUGGGCACGCCGAGGAAGGCAGUGAUGAACAAGCUGGAACUCCAGCCCCGGCUCUUUCAGAGUUAAAAGCUGUGAUCGGUUGGCUGCAGAAGGGACUUCCCUUCAUCUUGAUCCUCCUGGCUAAAGUUUGUUUCCAGCAUAAGCUUGGGAUUGCUGUGUGCAUUGGCAUGGCCAGCACAUUCGCAUACGCCAACUCAACGCUCCGAGAACAGGUUGCUCUGAAGGAGAAGAGAUCAGUGUUGGUUGUCUUCUGGAUCCUGGCCUUUCUCACCGGGAACACCUUGUAUUUGCUUUACACAUUCAGCUCUCAGCAGCUGUACAACAGCCUCAUCUUUCUGAAACCCAACCUUGAGAGGCUGGACUUCUUCGACCUGAUGUGGAUCGUGGGGAUUGCAGACUUUGUACUGAAGUACCUCACCAUCGCAUUGAAAUGCCUGAUUGUCGCCCUGCCUAAAAUCAUCCUAGCUGUCAAGUCAAAGGGAAAGUUUUAUCUGAUUAUUGAGGAGCUGAGCCAGCUGUUCCGCUCCCUUGUCCCCAUCCAGCUGUGGUAUAAAUACAUCAUGGGAGAUGAUCCAUCCAGCAGUUACUUCCUAGGUGGGAUCCUGAUCAUUCUGUACAGCCUGUGCAAGUCUUUUGACAUCUGUGGUCGUGUGGGAAGUGUCCGGAAGGCACUGAAGGUCCUUUGCACCCCACAGACCUAUGGAGUCCGUGCCACCAGCCAGCAGUGCAGUGAGGCAGGUGACAUCUGUGCCAUUUGCCAAGCGGAAUUCAGGGAACCUCUCAUCCUUAUGUGCCAGCACGUGUUCUGUGAGGAGUGCCUCUGCCUCUGGUUCGACAGGGAGAAGACCUGUCCCCUUUGUCGCUCUGUCACGGUGGAAACCCUGCGUUGCUGGAAGGAUGGCACCACCUCUGCUCAUUUCCAGGUGUACUGAAACCAAAACGUAGCCACAAAUGGAGUAACCUGUGUGGGGAGAGGAAAGAGCUGGAAAAUCUGGUGAUCCCUAUUAAGUUGCCUGUGGAUUUGUUGUCCUUGCUCCAGGAGCUGACAGAACAAUUGUUAGUAGCUGGAAACUUUAUCCUCAAAGGCAAGAAAGAUGUGGUUUACGUUAUGGCAAACGCCACGGUAAAGCCACAGCCAAGAUUUUUUUCUUGACUGUCCCUGGUUAUAAACUGCCUGGGAUGUUUCCUUUUGUCCUGUCCUUUUAGCAUUAGAUAAAUAUUGUGUGUAUAAAGCAAUCAUACUGUGAAUUGUGUGUGUAGAACCUGGUGUACUGUAAAAAAAACUGUCCUCUGGCUCACGGCUGGUGAGAUUCUUCACAUUAAAUGGCCCUGAAUCUGUCACUGCAUGGAA